AUGACGAAUACACAAUCUAAAAUCGAUUUAUUAGAGGAACAGAUUUCUAAGCUUAUAACUGAGAAUGACAAACUUAGGAAGGAGAAUGCUGAGAUUCACGAACUUAAAAGGGAGAGGGCUGAGUUCUUAGCUAAGGAAGUAGGGCUUAUGGCUAGAAUCGUGGAAUUAGAACAAUCCGCCAAAGAAAAUGCAAAGAACACGAAAUUAAGAGACGCUGAACUCAAUGCCAAAAUAGAAGCAGUAGACAUACGAUGCGAUGAUACUCCUACAUCUGAUAUAACUAAUAACGUUUCAAAUUCUGAUGUAUCUUUUAAAGAUAAAGAAAUCGAAUUUUUGGAACGGCUACAUAAAGAACAAAUUAGAAACAAAAAAAGAGAGAAAUCGGAAAAAAAAAAACUUCAACGAGAAACAGCUAUCCAAGAAUUAUCAGACGAUAAAGAAACAGCUUUCUCUAUAGAGGAUGAUGAUCAAGAUUCAAAAUUGUCAUGUGAUAUAAAAACGGUUCUCUCGGAGAACGAUCAAGUUUCAAAUUUAUUAUGUGAAACAAAAACCAUUAGUUCGAAAAAUGAUCAAACUGAAAUAUCUGAAUUGGAGCAAUAUGAUGAGACUGAUAAAAUCAAAUUGCAGAGCAGGGUUUAA